AAGGAGGGCAUGAAUUGGAUCCUUAAAAAUCAACACCCUCCCUUACCACUCCACCGCUCAUGUGUUGUGUUGUAUCAUACAAAAGUUGAAACAACACGCAUCCUCGAAACCCAACAAUACUCGAUCAAUGGAUGUGUCGGAAUUGUGGGCGAUAUUCGGACCAGGUGUCGCCGGCGCCGUAUUCGGUGCCGGGUGGUGGUUUUGGGUGGACGCCGUCGUUUGCAGUGCUGUUAAAGUCUCCUUUCUUCACUACCUUCCGGGGAUAUUUGCUUCUUUGGCUGCUUUGAUGUUUAAUUGUGUUAGAAGAGAUGAUAUUGAUUAUUCUCCUUAUGAAGAAGGCGAAUGGAGGUUGAAACUUUGGCUUUUUCUUGCGUAUGUUGUGUCAUUCGUCUCAUUGGCGGCAUCAGUAGGGUUGUUGAUACAAGAUGCACUUUUGCCCGAAGGCCCUUCAGCGUGGACUGGAACCGCCGGUGUUUUGCAGUGUGUAUUUGUGUUAAUUAGUGGGCUUGUUUAUUGGACGUCUCAUUCGGAGUGAAGUGCGGAGGUCAGUUGUGGUUUUUGCUUCAUCGCAUUUGUUAAAUCAUGCGUGUAAAUGUGUUGAUGAAUCCAAGUAACGGUAUGGGAUAGUGAUAUAGACCUUUUGAGAAAGUGAUUUGACUUACUGUUGUUUUAUCCUGUAUGUUGUUUAAAUCAAACAAAAAUUCCGAAUUAGGGCAUAUGGGUUCAUAUA